AUGAGCAGGCACGAAAUCUACAAAUGUUGGAGUGAUUCCGGCAAAUCUCGGCGAAUUGCGGCGUAUCAAAAUUACGCCCAGGAACGAGUGGAGAGGGGAAUCACCUUCCUCAUGGAUCUAGAGUCAUCUCACCGUAUGGCCUGGAUGGAGCUAAGUGCUAGCCUCAACAUCAAGCCCUUCCUGAUGGCCCCGUCUUCGCUGUCGGGCGAGUGUGGAUUCUGUCGGUCCAACAACAUCUGUUGCAACGAGGACAAACCUGGGUGUCUCACAUGCCGCGCCUGGGGCAUUAAAUGUCCUUUAAUUGAAAGAUAUAGAGACUCCAGUGGAGAUGAAUUGACGGUGGGGAAUUAUGAUGGUGAUAGCCCGCCAUUUAGCGAACGAUCAACUGCUGUCCACUAUAUGCAACCGCUGGACAAUCUGAUAUCCGCUGCUCACGACCUUCUGGGUACUUCCACCUCAUAUACGCUCCCCAGCACGCUCCCACAGUAUAUAAAAAAGCCUGACCAUGAUAUAUCGCUGGAAGACGUCCAGUAUCUUGACGAAAACGGAGUUUUCACUUUCCCCGACGAAGAACUACGCAAUGAGCUGCUCACGACAUUCGUGAUUAAUGUGUAUCCCUAUAUGCCGUUAUUAGACCUGGAAGAGUUUCUCCAGGCAAUUGCCAUCAACAAUGGAAGUUCGCCUCUGAGCCUCCUUCUAUUCCAUGCCGUUAUGUUCGCAAGCGCUACAUUCAUCAAGCCACACCAUCUCUAUCGUGCUGGCUACUCGUCACAGAAGGAGCCUAGAAGGGAAUUCUUCCUAAAAGCAACUAUCGCCUAUGACCUUGGUCUCGAGACCGACCCGAUAGUCAUCAUCCAGUCUGCGCUACUUCUGACUUACUGGCACGAAACGCCUGACAGCCCUAGAGAUUUCCAUUACUGGCUUGAAACGGCCUUCUCUCUGGCAACGUCUAUUGGACUCCCGGACCUUGCUGAAGCGGAGCCAUCUAGGGAGCUCAACCGUCUCGGGCGUCGUCUCUGGUGGUGCCUCUACACGCGAGACCGCCUCAAUGCAAUGAAUCUUCGGCGAAACACCAUCAUCCCUGAAGAGAGCUAUACUACCACCUUGCCCACGCUGGAUGAUUUCACGAUCGGCGUAUUUCCGGCAGCUAUCACCCGAAUGCUUGACAGCUGCGAUGUUCUCCGCAGCCCCUACCACCAAGCCCAGCUAGCUGCUAUAUUUAUCGAAAAGGCCCGCCUUUCCACCAUUAUUUCACGGAUAAUUACUCCAGAUCCCGACGCAGCCACCAUCUCGCGCUGCACCGACCUCCUUCAAGCCUGGCGAGCCGAUCUCCCCUACUAUAUUGAACACGAGUCCCUACCACCAACAUCAACUCUCUCCGAUAUCGAGAAGCCGAUCUUUACAUAUAGAGCCUGGCUGAAUCUUGUCUUUCUAAACGCCUUGAGCGCUGUUUACAAGCAUAAAGGAGACCGGUGUGGAUCACAUCCUACGGAGGCCUUCUCAUCCGAAACUACGCGACAAGACACUUCCGACAGACAGAUCCAACCAGCGAUCCAGUCCAUCGCCGCCAUCGUGGAGGAGUUGUAUCGCGUCGACGUGAUACACUACUUAGGCACCACAACAGUUGGACUACUUCUACCUGUAUUGGCAACGCAGAUGUUCUAUAUCAGGUCCGGCCAAGGCCCAGAUACCUGGAUUGCAGGGUUUCAGUCAUUCUAUGAUUGUAUGAAGGUGCUCCGGAAACUCGGUGAGGUGUACUUUCUUGCUGAGUCGAUGGCGGCGUUCUUUGAGUCUGCUGUGUGUGGGGACCAGUUUGAUACCCCAGAGUAUUUCGAUGGAGAUGGGGGCUUGAAGACAGCGCCGCCGCCACUGUUGGAGGAGGUGUUGACGAGUACGGAGUUGGAAUGUUUCCUGCGUGUAAUAGGUGAGAAAUGUGAGAAAUAG